AUGCUGGACGACCAGGGCCGCGUCAUCCACAUCGACUUUGGCUUCAUGCUCACCAACGCGCCGGGGCGCCUGCCGGGCGGCGUCGGGUUCGAGAACGCGCCCAUGAAGCUGACGCGCGAGGUGCUGGAGGUCAUUGGCAGCGACAGCAACGGGGCCCCCUCUGAAAUGUUUGACUACUUCAAGGUCCUGUGCAUACAGGGCUUUCUGGCGGCGCGCAAGCAGCGCGACAGGAUCGUAACACCCGUGCAGGUCAUGGCGCGCAGCGGCUUCCCCUGCUUCCAGGGCGGCGGCGACCGCGCCGUGCGCGCGCUGGCGGCGCGCUUCGCCCCGGCGUUGAGUGAGGGGGAGGUGGUGCAGCACGUGCUCGGGCUCAUAGGCGACAGCUUGGACUCCUGGAGCACUCGGCAGUACGAUUACUACCAGAGGGUGCUGAACGGCAUCCUGUAG